AUGGGCAACCGCACGUGGGACGGCUGCCACGUGGACUCGCGCGUGGACCACCUCUUCCCGCCAUCCCUCUACAUCUUCGUCAUCGGCGUGGGGCUGCCCACCAACUGCCUGGCCCUGUGGGCAGCCUACCGCCAGGUGCGGCAGCGCAACGAGCUGGGGGUGUACCUGAUGAACCUCAGCAUCGCCGACCUGCUGUACAUCUGCACGCUGCCACUGUGGGUUGACUACUUCCUGCAUCACGACAACUGGAUCCACGGCCCCAGCUCCUGCAAGCUCUUCGGGUUCAUCUUCUACACCAACAUCUACAUCAGCAUCGCCUUCCUGUGCUGCAUCUCGGUGGACCGCUACCUGGCCGUGGCCCACCCACUGCGGUUUGCCCGCCUGCGCCGGGUCAAGACGGCUGUGGCCGUGAGCUCCGUGGUCUGGGCCACGGAGCUGGGGGCCAACUCGGCGCCCCUGUUCCACGACGAGCUCUUCCGCGACCGCUACAACCAUACCUUUUGCUUCGAGAAGUUCCCCAUGGAGGGCUGGGUGGCCUGGAUGAACCUCUACCGGGUUUUCGUGGGCUUCCUCUUCCCAUGGGCCCUCAUGCUGCUGUCUUACCGCGGCAUCCUGCGGGCCGUGCGGGGCAGUGUGUCCACGGAGCGCCAGGAGAAGGCCAAGAUCAAGCGGCUGGCCCUGAGCCUCAUCGCCAUCGUGCUGGUCUGCUUCGCGCCCUACCACGUGCUCCUGCUCUCACGUAGUGCCGUCUACCUGGGCCGCCCGUGGGACUGUGGCUUCGAGGAGCGCAUCUUUUCGGCCUACCACAGCUCGCUGGCCUUCACCAGCCUCAACUGUGUGGCUGACCCCAUCCUCUACUGCCUUGUCAACGAGGGGGCCCGCAGCGACGUGGCCAAGGCCCUACACAAUCUGCUCCGCUUCCUGGCCAGUGACAAGCCACAGGAGAUGGCCAACGCCUCACUCACCCUGGAGACCCCGCUCACUUCCAAGAGGAACAGCAUGGCCAAGGCCAUGGCAGCUGGCUGGGUGGCAGCUCCGCCCUCCCAAGCAGACCAGGUGCAGCUGAAGAUGCUGCCGCCUGCACAGUGACCCUCCACUCGUGCAGAACCCCCUCACUCCUCGAAUCUUAUCCCACACUCCCUUCCCUCCUGGUCUGAUGUAAGCAAACUGUAUGCAAAUGAGGCCGUGUUCAUAGUCAUAAGAGUAGAAGAAAACGGGAAAACAGUGAGGCUGGUGGGUCACUGCUCGGUCAUCAUCCUCUACCACGACCCCCUAACAAUUUGGCUGAACUGUACCUAGCACUGUGCUGGGUGGUGCUAGUGACACAGCGGUGACGAAUGACAAUCCUGGCCCUCCUUCACAUGCUCCCACUCCAAUGGGGGAGACAGACCUGUCCCCAGACAGGGAUGACCCAGAGCGGAUGGGGCUCAUGCAGGGGUGCCCUGAGGGCAUCUGACCCAGGCUGAGGGUCAGGGAGGGCUCCCUGGAGGAGGGGACAAGUAAAUUAAGUCAAAUAUUCGGUUUCCAGAAGGUAACGACAAAAAGAAAGAGAAAAAAAAGGAUUAUUUCCAACAAGGAGGUAAAAUUUGGGGACUGAAGGGGAAGAUGGGAGAAGAAAUUCACCGAGGGGUAGAGUGGUCAUUUUCGCCCUUGGGAAGCCCUUAGUCAUCUAAGGGAGUGAGGGCAAGAAGAGCGAGUGUGAGUUUCUAGAUAAACAGCAUUCUCCAAGUCAGGACUGAGGGGGGAGGCAGACUCAGAACCCAAGUGAAAGGCAGUCGGGGCAGACCAGCUGGAGGAGAGCUGAGCAGGGCAGGCUUGGGAAGGGGCUCAGGACAAGAGAAGGGUAUUUAUUCAUUCAUUCAUUCAACAGAGAUUUAUUUAUAUUCACUCUUGGCCCAGCCCUGUGCUGGCUGGGGCUGGGGACGCAAGGGUGACCGAGACAGCCCAGGCCCCCACCCUCAUGGGGCUCAUGGUAAACGAGGAAAUAAAAAUAAAUAUAAUGUUUGGAA